AUGACCGCCGGACCCAAAUUCGAGUAUCUGUGGAAGGACGAGGGGCGAUAUAAGCAGGCCACCGCGCUGCCGGCCCCGCAGUACAUCUCACUGCUCUUCCAGACCACGGAGCAGAUCUUCACACACACGCCGAGCCUGCCCAAGAUUCGAGAUUCGCUGCGACGGCUGUUCCGGGUGUACGCGCACAUCUACCACCAUCACGUCUCCUUCUUCGAUGACAUUGGCGAAAUGAAGCUCUUGCAGUCUUCAUUCAUAGCGUUUGUGCGCUUUGUGAGGGAGCACGGCCUCGUCGACGACCGGGAGCUUCUGCCCAUGCACGCCCUUAUCCAGAAGCUCAAGUUCGCCAACGCUUGA